AUGUCGUUGUUGUCGACGUCCACGAUCAAGAACCAACUCUCGUAUGCCCUUGGAGUGAAGGCGCCGAUAUAUUGGCGCGUAUUGCAACAGUAUCUGACGGGGCGAAUUUCUCGAGUAGAGUUCGACGAACAGGUCAAGGAAUGUCUUGAGACUACACAUCUUGUGCAGCUGCACAAUUCGCUCAUAGUCUCGUUGUUUGAUACCUCAGCUCACCUUGCUCCUCCAACACCUCCACCAGAUUUACCGAAACUACCACCUCGCAAGCGCCGCCGCACGCUGCCCUACCAAGGUGCUGACAAUGCUGAUACAAUGACGCUGAGAUCAUCGAAACUUAAGAGAUGGACUGUCGGAAUGGGAAAACGCGAGCGUGACCGGAUUCGUGCCAUGGAGCCCUAUGCCUUAACAGUGGAAUCACAGCCACAGAGCUAUAGCGACGAAAUUGCUGCCGAGCGGGGCGUGCGGCUUCUACCCGAACGCGGUGAGUCUGCUGGAAGUCGUCUGGCUCUGCACCUCGGGUCGUCCACCCGCAGUUUCUCCUUGCAACACAUGGCUGAGCGCAUCAACCUGAUAUCUGCACAACACAACCUAAGCCCACCGUUGAGGGCGGUCAGUUCGCUGAUGAUGCUAGCUUUUGAGGCCAAGCUAAAGCAACUGAUCACGCAAGCUCUGGCUCUGACGUCCACUUCGCUCGCAAUUACAUCCAUACGUACUUCUUCGAAGCACUCACACAACCAUCUGCUCUCCGCAACGUCAUUCGACACCCUCUUCACUAUUUCUCCUGCCGUCCUCCCGAACAAGUCGGCCGCUGCGAUGCGCCUGGCGUUGGGUGACAACGACGAGGAGGAGGAUUUCCCUCUCAAAGACGGGGAGGUCAAGGACCAGCGGUGGCAGAUGCUCGCACUGCUGGGCGAGCGGAGCACCGUGAAGGAGGCCCUGCGGACGUUGCCAUGA